AUGAGCAGUAUCUUAGACUAUACGCUAUCGAUAGGCGCUAGCUUGGAUUUGGAUCUGGAGCCAAUCAGUAACCCUCCAAUCACAUCUGCAAAGUGGUUCCAUGGGAGGUUUGAACCUCAAACCCUCGGCCCGUGGGUGGAGAUCUCAGAACAAGUAUCGGCUGGAGCGGGUGCUCUUGCACGACUGCAACUCUCACGGGUGGGUGUUGAACACAUGGGAAGCUACAAAGUUACCGGCAUCAACUCCAUUGGCAGUGCUGAUCUCGUCUUCUUUCUCAACGUAACGCGAAAGAUCAAAUUGAGCUAUCAGAACUGUGAGGGCCUGCGAACCGAAGGAGUCAAGCCAAUAGCUGCCGAACGAAUCACCGCAGCCAUUAACCUUUUAUCGGGGAAGAAGCUUAAGAUGAGUUUACGAGCCUAA